AUGAGCCCACAGCCACCAACCCUCUUCUCCUCUUCCCUGAUCUCCUCCACCAUCCAAGCCCAACUCCCCGAGGGCUACAGCAUCCGCCCCCUCGAAAUCACAGACUACUCCAAGGGCUUCUAUGAUUGCCUGGCCGGUCUCACAGUUGUUGGCAAAGUGUCUGAACAAUCGUUCAUCCAGACGUUUGAACAGAUGCGUCGAUGCGAGAAUGUGUAUCAUAUUGUUGUGAUUGAGGAACUGGCCCAGCACCGGAUCGUUGCUACGGGAACCUUGAUUGUCGAACAAAAGUUCCUUCGUGGAUGCGCCAAGGCUGGACAUAUCGAGGAUAUCGUAGUCCACGACUCUCAGCGCGGCAAGAAGUUUGGCAUUCGCUUGAUCGACCAGUUGAAGCACAUCGGUACCAUGGUCGGAUGCUACAAGCUCCUCCUGACCUGCGCAGAGAGCAACGAAGUCUUCUACAACAAAUCCGGUUUCGUCCGCAAGGACCUCCACAUGGCCGUCUACCUCAACAACGAUACCACCACUACCACUACCUCUGCAUCCGCUGCACCAGUGGCCGUUCCUAUCACAGCAGCAACUGCAACACCUUCCACAUCCACAUGUGCACCCACCGCAUUUUCAUCCUCAUCUUCUGUAGCUGCUAUCUUGGGCGCAGCCACUAACUCAAACUCUAUUACAGACAUUACUACAACCACAACUACAUCGACACCAAAGGCCAGGACGGUCUCCAUUGGAGCAUUGAAUGCUUCCAUGGAAUCCAUCAUGGUCAAGUAG